UCUUCUUGACAAGCCGAGCCCAGCCCCAGCGCCGUCGGAGAGAUGAAGAGCAGGAGGCAGAGUGGCGGCGGCGCAGUAGCUGCCGUGGACGGGAACACCAGCAGCGGCUGCGGCGGUGGCGGGGGAGGCUGCAGCAAGAUGGAGAGGAAGGACGUGGAGAAGAACCGCAGGCUGCACAUGAAGGGCCUCUGCCUCAAGCUCUCCUCCCUCGUCCCCGCAACAUCAACCCACCACAUCCGCCAUUACCAAAGCUCCAACGCAUCGUCACAGUGCAACAAUAAUAACAAGGACGCGAUCACGCAGCUGGACCAGCUGGACAGCGCGGCGGCGUACAUCAAGCAGCUCAAGGGCCGGAUCGACGAGCUGAAGCGGCGCAAGCAGGGCGGCGGCGGCUGCUCCCCGUCCGCCUCCGGAAACAAGGCGUCGUCCACGACGACGAGCGCCACGGCGUCGCUGCCGGUGAUCGAGGUGCGGCACCAGGACUCGACGCUGGACGUGGCGCUUGUGAGCGAGGCCGGGAAGCCGUUCAAGCUGCACGAGGUCAUCUCCGUGCUCGAGCAGGAGGGCGCCGAGGUGGUCAGCGCCAGCUUCUCCGUCGUCGGCGACAAGAUCUUCUACACGCUGCACUCCCAGGCGCUCUGCCCCAGGAUCGGGCUCGAGGCCGACAGGGUCACACACAGGUUGCACGGCCUCGCCGCUGCUGCCUCCGCCGCCGCCGCCGUCUACACGACAUGA